GUACCUCCAUAUUUUAUGACUGAGCCAGUGCGCAGCCAGGUACACUUGGAGGGGAACCGUCUAGUCCUGACCUGCAUGGCCGAGGGGAGCUGGCCCCUUGAAUUCAAAUGGUUGCACGAUCAGAAGGAGCUCACCAAAUUUUCCCUGGAAUACAGGUACAUGAUAACAUCUCUGGACAGAACCCACGCUGGGAAUUACCGAUGUAUUGUGCGGAAUCGUAUGGGAGCAUUACUGCAGAGGCAAACUGAAGUCCAAGUGGCAUAUAUGGGGAACUUUGAGGAUGGGGACACGUCACAGACCGUCUCUCACGGGGACGCCGCCGUCAUCAUAGCGCCUAGCAUCGCCAGCUUCCCACAGCCCCAGGUGACGUGGUUCAGGGACGGCAGGAAGAUCCCCCCCAGCAGCCGAAUAGCCAUCACGAAGGACAACACGUUGGUGAUCCUAUCCAGUGUGGCUCCUGACACCGGACGAUACUACGUGCAGGCGGUCAAUGACAAAAACGGCGAUAACAAGACCAGCCAACCCAUCACCCUUACCGUGGAAAAUGUGGGAGGUCCAGCUGAUCCCAUCGCUCCCACCAUCAUCAUAUCGCCGCAGAAUACCAGCGUUGUGGCAGGAACCUCUGAAGUCACAUUGGAGUGUGUGGCCAACGCUAGGCCACUCAUCAAAUUAAACAUUGUCUGGAAGAAGGAUGGAGUUCUCGUUUCCAGCGGGGUGGGAGAAUACGGACGGCGUCUGACAAUCCUAAACCCAACUGUGAGCGACGCUGGGUAUUAUUCAUGUGAAGCAACUCUUCGGAGCAGCAGUGUGCCACCUGUCACCGCUGGGGCCUUCUUGACCGUUCUCGAGCCUCCUCAGUUUGUGAAGGAACCAGAGAGACACCUAACAGCCGAGAUGGAGAAGGUGGUAGAGAUCCCUUGCCAAGCCAAGGGUGUUCCUCCACCCACCAUAUCAUGGUACAAGGACGCAGCUCUGAUUGAUCUCCGUAAAGACGCCCGAUUCCGACUGGUCGGACCGGGCAACCUGAGGAUAAGCGGGUUGAUGCCAGAAGACACGGGGAUGUUCCAGUGCUUUGCCCGUAAUAACGCCGGAGAGGUGCAAACUUCCACUUACCUGGCUGUCACCAGUAUUGCUCCAAACAUCACGAAAGGGCCCCUCGACAGCACAGUGAUUGACGGCACUGCCGUGGUUCUGCAGUGCGAGACUUCAGGGGCCCCGCGUCCAGCCAUAACCUGGCAGAAAGGUGAUCAGAUCCUGGCCAGCGGAUCAGUCCAGAUCCCACGAUUCACCCUCUUAGAGUCGGGAAGCCUGCUCAUCAGCCCCACUCACAUAUCGGACAUGGGAACCUACACUUGCACCGCCACCAACUCCAGGGGUGCCGACGAUGCGUCCGCCGACAUUAUCGUGUGGGCUCGAACGCGCAUCAUCAACCCUCCUACAGACCAGAGCGUAAUUAAAGGGACCAAAGCUUCCAUGUCGUGCGGCGUGUCACAUGAUCCCAGUGUGGUCAUCAGGUACUCAUGGGAGAAAGAUGGCGUCCCUAUUAACUUAGAGAACUCUCCAAGGAUCCAGCUGGACAAGAACGGCACCCUGCAAAUCUCGCAGACGUGGUCAGGCGAUAUUGGAACGUAUACCUGCCGCGUCCUAUCCGUGGGAGGAAAUGACUCCAGAAAUGCGCACCUGCGGGUCAGGCAACUCCCUCAUGCUCCUGAGAACCCAGUGGCCCUGCUAAGCACCACUGAGCAAAGAGCCAUUAAUCUGACAUGGGCCAGGCCUUUUGACGGGAACAGCCAGCUGAUCCGGUAUAUUCUGGAAGUCUCUGAGAACAAUGCUCCCUGGACCAUCCUGUUGGUCAACGUGGAUCCAGAUCUCACCUCCACCGUGGUUAGAAAUCUCACCCCCGCGCGCUCGUACCGGUUCCGUCUCUGUGCAGCGAAUGAUGUUGGGAAAGGACAGUUUAGCAAAGAAACCAAACGUGUGGGCCUCCCCGAAGAGCCUCCUAGCGCUUCUCCCCAAAAUGUAAUAGCCAACGGCCGCACUAACCAGUCCAUUAUGAUCCAGUGGCAGCCGCCCCCUGAAAACCAUCAAAAUGGCAUCCUGAAGGGAUAUGUCAUCAGGUACUGUCUCUCUGGUCUGCCUGUCGGAUACCAGUAUAAAAACUUGUCCAGUCCUGACAUUACCAGCUUCCUGCUGGAGGACCUCAUCAUCUGGACCAACUAUGAGAUUGAGGUGGCUGCAUUCAACAACGCUGGGCUGGGAGUAUACAGCCCGAAGGUCACCGAGUGGACCCUGCAAGGAGUGCCCACUGUACCCCCCGGGAACGUGAAGGUCGAGGCUGUGAAUUCUACCACCAUUCGCUUCACCUGGACUCCCCCAAGCCCGCAGUUUGUGAAUGGGAUUAACCAGGGUUACAAGCUGAUAAUGUGGGACCCGGCGCAGGAGGACGACGUCACUGUUGUGACCGUGCGCCCCAACUUCCAAGACAGUGUGCACGUGGGCUUCAUCCCCGGCAUGAAGAAGUUUACCAAGUACAUGGCAUCUGUCCUGUGCUUUACCACCCCUGGAGACGGGCCGCGCAGCACCCCCCAGCCAGUCUGGACCCACGAGGAUGUUCCCGGCCCAGUGGGGGAUCUCAGCUUUGAUGACAUCUUGGACACGUCUCUGAGGGUGACCUGGAAAGAACCUACAGAGAAGAAUGGAAUUCUGACAGGUUACAAGAUCUCCUGGGAGGAGUUUAACCAGACCAACACCAGAGUCACCCACUACCUACCCAACCUUACCCUAGAGUAUCGAGUCACCGGGCUCACUUCACUCACCACAUAUACCAUCCAGGUGGCCGGGAUGACCUCCAAAGGUCAAGGAGCUGUGUCUUCAUCCACCAUCUCUUCAGGAGUUCCACCAGAGCUACCCGGUGCUCCAACUAAUUUGGGAAUCACUAAUAUUGGCCCCCGCUCUGUCACGCUUCAGUUCCGACCAGGAUAUGAUGGAAAGACCUCAAUCUCCAGGUGGCAAGUGGAAGCCCAGAUCGGGACACCAGCAGAAUCGGAGGACUGGGUCCUUUUACAUCAAGUGGCAAACGAACCUAACGCAAGAUCCCUGGUGGUCCCAGGAUUGAGCCCUUAUACCUUUUACAGCUUCCGCAUGAGACAGGUGAAUAUUGUGGGUACCAGUCCCCCAAGUGCACCAUCCAGAAAAAUUCAGACAUUACAAGCUGCACCGGAUAUGUUCCCAGCCAAUGUGACGCUAAGAACGGCCAGUCAGACCAGCCUGUGGGUGCGCUGGCUGCCUUUGCCCGAGCAGGCAUACAAUGGCAAUCCAGAGUCUGUGGGGUACAAGAUCCGAUGUUUGCGGUCUGAUGGCAGAGGGAAAUCCUUCACUCACGUUAUCCAUGACCGGAUAGAGAGAGAGUACACGAUCGAAGACCUGGAGGAGUGGACGGAGUAUAAGGUGCAGGUUCAAGCCUUCAAUGCUAUCGGAGCUGGACCCUGGAGCCCUGUCGCACUUUCCAGGACUCGAGAAUCAGUCCCUUCCUCUGGUCCAACAAAUGUCUCUGCUCUGGCAACAACUUCAAGCAGCAUCCUGGUGCGCUGGAGCGAGAUCCCAGAGGCAGAACGCAACGGACUCAUAUUGGGAUACAAGGUUCUCUAUAAAGAAAAGGACUCUGACAGCCCCUCUCAGUUCUGGCUGGUAGAGGGUAACUCGUCCCGUAGCGUCCAGCUUUCCGGCCUGGGAAAAUACGUCCUCUACGAGAUCCAGGUCCUGGCCUUCACUAGAAUUGGCGAUGGAGCUGCCAGUUCUGCUAUCUUUGAAAGGACCCUGGAUGAUGUCCCGGGUGCCCCGGUGGGAAUUUUCUUUCCAGAGGUGAGAAAUACAUCUGUGCGUCUCAUCUGGCAGCCACCUGCAAAUCCCAACGGGAUCAUUUUAGCUUAUCAGAUCACUCACCGUCUCAACACAACUAACGCUAACACAGCCACGGUGGAGGUCCUGAACCCCAGUGUGAGGCAGUAUACGGCCGCCGGCCUCCGACCAGAGUCUGUCUACCUAUUUCGCAUCACGGCCCAGACGCGAAAGGGAUGGGGAGAAGCCGCGGAAGCCCUGGUAGUGACCACAGAGAAGAGAGAUCGCCCUCAGCCGCCGGGCAAGCCGUUCGUUCUACAAGAAGACGUAAAAUCACGUAGCGUGCUGUUGUCAUGGGAACCAGGCAGCGAUGGCCUCUCUCCUAUACGUUACUAUACCAUCCAGACACGGGAACUCCCCAAGGGGCACUGGGUGGUACAUUCUGCCUCGGUCAGCCACAACGCAACCGCCACCAUUGUUAAUCGAUUAAAGCCGUUCACUUCAUAUAAAUUCCGCGUCAAGGCAACUAACGACAUCGGGGACAGCAGAUACAGCGAGGAAUCCGAGUCGCUAACGACCCUGCAGGCCGCGCCUGAUGACGCGCCAUCAAUUGUCUCUGUGACACCUCACACAACAACCUCCGUGUUAAUACGGUGGCAGGCGCCGGCUGAAGACAAGAUAAACGGGAUUCUUCUAGGCUAUCACGUCCGAUACCGUGAACUGGCAUACGAUGGGCUGCGUAGUUUCACCGUACGGAGCAUCAAUAACCCAAGUGCGAAAUGGGCAGAGUUAAACUCUGGCUACAUGAUCCGGAACCUGAGUGAACCAUCUCUCACCCAGUACGAGUUGGACAAUCUGACCAAACACAAACGUUAUGAGAUCCGGGUGAGCGUGUACAAUGCAGCAGGAGAAGGGCCUACCAGUACCCCCCAGGAGGUGUUUGUCGGAGAGGCAGUUCCCACAGCUUCACCACAGAACGUGGCUAUCCAGACUGCCACGGCUUUUCAACUUGAUGUGACGUGGGACCCCCCACCUCUGGAGGCUCAGAACGGAGACAUUCAGGGAUACAAGAUAUAUUACUGGGAAGCGAUGCGUAAGAACGAGACAGAGAAGGUGAGAACAUUGUUCCUGCCGGAGAGUGGGGUUAAACUCAAGAACCUAACGGGAUAUACCACGUACCUGAUUAGCGUGGUGGCAUUUAACACCGCAGGAGACGGGCCCCGGAGCGAGCCUAUUCGCACUCAGACCCAGCAAGCUGCACCCAGUGCUCCGGCAUCCAUCAGGUUCAGCGAGUUAACCACCACUUCUGUUAACGUCUCAUGGGAAGCCCCUCUUUACCCAAAUGGCAUACUGGAGGGAUACCGGCUGGUCUAUGAGCCUUGUACUCCAGUAGAUGGGGUGAGCAAGGUGGUGACCGUGGAUGUGAAGGCUAAUAGCCCCCUCUGGAUGAAGCUGAAGGAUCUGGCAGAAGGUGUGACUUAUCGAUUCCGUAUCCGGGCCAAGACCUUCACAUAUGGUCCAGAGCUUGAAGCCAAUGUCACCACAGGGCCUGGUGAAGGUGCGCCAGGACCUCCCGGAGAGCCUUUUAUAACUAGAUACAGCUCAGCGAUCACCAUUCACUGGUCAAGCGGAGAUCCAGGGAAGAGCCCUAUCACCAGAUACAUCAUAGAAGCAAGACCGUCGGAUGAAGGGCUGUGGGACAUUCUUAUAAAAGACAUCCCCAAAGAGGCGACUUCAUACACGUUCAGCAUAGACAUCUUGAAACAGGGAUUGAACUAUGACUUCCGAGUGAUUGCUGUAAAUGACUACGGAUACGGGACUCCCAGUGCGCCCACUACGUCGGUCUCAGCUCAGAAGGCAAAUCCUUUCUAUGAGGAGUGGUGGUUCCUCGUCGUCAUUGCUCUCAUCGGCCUCAUCUUCAUUCUUCUCUUGGUUUUUGCCCUGAUCAUCCGCGGGCAAAGCAAGAAGUACGCCAAAAAGUCAGACUCAGGAUGCAAUCCCAAAACCACUGCUCUGGGGCACGGCGAAAUGGUCAGUCUGGACGAAAGCCGAUUCCCUGCUCUAGAACUUAACAACCGACGGCUGUCAGUCAAGAACUCCUUCUGCAGGAAGAACGGCAUCUACACACGGUCUCCCCCACGCCCCAGUCCGGGAAGCUUGCAUUAUUCUGACGAGGACGUUGCCAAGUACAACGAUCUGAUUCCUACGGAGAGCGGGAGCCUGACCGAAAAACCUUCCGAAGUAUCAGACUCACAGGGGAGUGACAGCGAGUAUGAGGUGGAUCAAACCCAACCGAAAGCCCAUUCAUUCGUCAACCAUUACAUCAGUGACCCGACUUACUACAACUCCUGGAGGCGGCAACAGAAAGGGAUUUCCCGGGCCCACGCCUACAACUACAGCGAGACGGAUCCCGAGGACACCGAAAAUUGUAUUAUUCCUAACUGCAACAGCAGCCAGCAAGGCAGUCUGUAUAGAACAAAAACCAGCCGGACUCCUACACCUCAACAGCCCCCCAGCCUUCCGACUCCACCGAACCCUAUCUACCGACCCCCUAGCAGUCUUGCCCCGGUGUCGCGCCCCCCCAUCGCUGGGUUUUCUUCCUUCGUUUGACAAUAAACGUUCGCACCACUUAUAAUCCGGAAAAAAAAAAAAAAAGGAGCAGAUAUAUACAAAUAAAUACAUAUAUAAAUAUAUCAAGAGAGGAAACACAGAAAUAAUACUGUUUUGGGAGACAAUCAGUUGUGGAUUGGGAUCUUUUUUUUGCUGCUUCAAUUCCGUUAUUCCAAAGGUGUUUUUGGGAUUCAAAACUGAAAAAAAAAGUUGAUGGACAAAGAAAAAUUUCCAUAUAAUGGAAAUAGCCCCCUAAAGGAAAAUGGCUGCCAAAUGGUGGUACUUUGAUCUGGCAAAGCUUCUGUUAGGAGGAUGGUUUUGGCUGGAGAGUUGUUGUUCCUACAAAUUGAUUGGGAAGACGGCAACCUCCAUUUUGAAAGACUGGGUGCCAUAACUAGCUGAUCUUGGAACGAUAAUGGAAGAAGGUUAUCAUUGGACGGACGUUGAUCAGAGUAGAUCUGGAGCCUUAAUUUUGAUGUAAAGAACAUGGAGCAGAACAGCCAGGACAGCCAACAGAUAUCCCAGACAUGGAUUUACUUGGGUUAAG